CAUUCGCCGUCGCAAAGACAACCUAACAGGCGGAGCCACAAAGUCGACACUCAAGCCCCAAUUCGAAUCCCAACUACACACGAGCCUCGCCUUCGAAUCCGGCCAGAUCUCUCGUCAGAUUUCCUCUACAGCAGAAGAAACCCUUCUCCGGCCGGCUUCUGGCAGCCAUGGAUUCCGAUGAUUACACAGUCGAGAUGUUCUUCUUUCCCUAUCUGGGUGGAGGCCACUUCAUCCCAAUGGUAGACCUGGCCAGGCUAUUCGCAUCUCACGGCGUCCGCACCACCGUCGUCAUCGCGCCGAGCCACGAGGCUGUCCUCCAAAAAGCCAUCAGCCGGGACCAGCAAGCCGGCCUCGACGUCCAUAUCCAUACCCUCGAAUUUCCCUCCGGCGAGUCCGACAUCCCGGCGGCCAUAACCUCCGCUGACAUGUCCGCGCCGCCGUUUAUCGACACCUCCGCUCUCCAGCAACCCCUCACCGAGCUCUUACUCCGCCGGCGCCCCGACUGCAUCGUCACCGACACGUUCCAUCGGUGGGCCGCCGACGCCAUUGACGCCGUCGAGAUCCCCAGAAUCAUCUUCAAUGGCAACUGCUGUUUCCCGCGCUGCUGCGAGGAGAGCAUCCGCCGCCACUCGCCGCACGAAAAGGUCCGCUCCGACUACGAGCCCUUUUUAUUACCGGGUCUCCCCGACCCGAUCCAAACCAUGAGGUCUCAGCUAUCAGUCUACGUCCGAACCCGAACCGAGUUUCCGGGCAAGGCAUUGAACGCCGAGAAAAACUGUUUCGGCCAAGUGGUGAAUAGUUUCUACGAUCUAGAACCUUCUUAUGUCGAAUACUACAGAAACGAAAUGGGAAAGAAGCCAUGGCUUAUCGGCCCUGUUUCGCUCUGCAAUAGAAACAUUGCGGAUAGGGCCGAGCGAGGCCAGAAGGCCGCCAUUGACGAACAAACCAUCUUGAAUUGGCUCGAUUCCAAGACACCCAGAUCCGUUUUGUACAUUAGUUUCGGGAGCUUAGUUCGCUUAAAUUCCACGCAGCUUCUUGAAUUGGCGAACGGUCUCGAAGCUUCGGAUUGCUCGUUCAUAUGGGCUGUCGGGAAAAUUCUAGAUUCUGACAAUUGGGUUCCAGAUGGGUUCGAAGGUAGGGUGAAGGCAAGCGGCAGAGGGUUGAUGAUCAGAGGCUGGGCGCCGCAGUUGCUGAUAUUGGGACACGUGGCUGUGGGUGGGUUCUUGACGCACUGCGGGUGGAACUCGGCGCUGGAGGGCAUAUGCGCCGGCGUGCCGAUGGUGACGUGGCCGCUGUCGGCGGAGCAGUUUUAUAACGAGAAGCUGGUGACGGAUGUCUUGAAGGUUGGGGUUAAGGUGGGGAGCGAGGAGUGGGCGUUGUGGAACGAGGAGAGGAAGACAGUGGUGGGGCGGGAGAAGGUGGAGGCGGCGGUGCGGCGGCUGAUGGGUGGCGGAAAGGAGGCGGAGAUGAUGGCGAGGAGGGCGGCGGAGUUGGCGGAGAAGGCGAAGAGGGCGGUGGAGGAAGGUGGGUCGUCGUACGGGGAUGCGGAGAGUUUGAUUCAGGAGCUCAAGCAUCGCCGGAGAACAUCACACGCCACCUCCGGCACCGCCCCGAACAGGAGGUUUCCGGUGAAGUUCAGCUGCUCGAUGUUCUCAAGGCACGCCAGCGAGCACGGCAGCGGCCCCGUCAGGAGGUUGUUUCCGGCGUCUAUGACCGUCGCUUUCCUUAGAAACCCUAGUUCGUAUGGAAUGCAACCGGUGAGCCGGUUGUUCAAGAACAGAACCUCCCGCAACGUCGACGACGCCUUUCCGAUGCUGCGGGGGAUGGGACCAGUGAACCUGUUGUUGGCGAGAGUCAGUGGCCAUAUAUCUGAGUCUGAGGGCCUCGUGAUUGUGAAAAUGGGAAAUCCCCCAAAUGCAGAACUAAUUCUAGUUCGCCAGAUGGGCCAGCUGGCAGAUCGUUUCGGGCACAGGCCCAUAAAGCUGUCCAAUCUCGCAGGGCAAGCAGCCGGAGAGCCGGUUGUUCAGAAGCAACACCUCGAGGAGCGUCCUCGAAGCUUUUCCGAUGCUCCGGGGAAUCUUGCCGAGGACGUCGAGGUCCAGGUUGAAAACACGGGGCGGCACCGCGCCGGAAAACGAGUUGAAACGGAGGUCCAGGAAGGUGAGCUUGGUGGCGCCGAGGACUUCGACGGGGAAUUCUCCGUAGAGCUUGUUGUUGCUGAGGUCGAGUUCGAACAAGUAGCGGAGAUUGGCGAGGGUUCCAGGGACGGUGCCGGUGAAUUGGUUGGAGUUGGCGUGGAAGAGUGUGACGUCCGGCAGCUGGUCAAGGAAGCCGUGGAGGGAGAGGUCGGGGCCGGCGAGGUUGAAUCCGUUGAAGUUGACGCCGAUGUCGGGGCCGACCCAGGUGUUGGUGACGCCGAGCGGGUCGGAUCGGAUUCUUCGUUUGAGGUUUUGGAUCACCGGGUAGACGAGCUCGAUGCGCUUACUUUCGAAGGGGGACAACGGCGGAGGGCAGGGUGGUGGCGGAGGAGGCGGGCAGUCUGUCGAAGGAGACGGCGGAGAGUUGCUUCCGCCGCCAAUGAUGAUUUCUAUGGUUUCUCUAGCUGGGCCUGGGUGGUUGGCGGCAUGAGAAACAGUUGCGAGGAAGAAGAAGAAGAAGAAGAUGAUGAAAGUGAAGAAAGAGAUGGUGAUGGAGGGCAUGGCGGCGAUGGGCGAAACGAUGAUGAAUCUGGAUAUGGACAUGGACGCAUUGAUCUCUCUCUCUCUGUCGGUCAAUCUGUUAUUCAACCCAAACAGAUGAGUUCACAAUCUGACAAGCUUCACAUCUACCUCUUCCCAAUGUUUGAAUAUGGACACACGAUCCCAAUGAGAUUCAAGACCUCCAUCCCGCAACCUUAUCCCAGCCAUUCUCUCUUUCAUCAUCUUCAUUUCAGUUGUUAUUCAACCCAAACAGAAGCCAAGAUGAGCUCACAAUCUGACAAGCUUCACAUCUACUUCUUCCCAAUGUUUGAAUAUGGACACAUGAUCCCAAUGGUAGACAUGGCCAGGCUAUUUGCAGGCCAUGCUGUGAAGGCAACCAUUGUUUUGACACCUCUGAAUGCAGAUCUCUUCUCCAAAACAAUCCUAAGGGAGAGAGAACUUGGCCUCGAGAUCAGUAUUCGUCGCAUUAACUUCCCAUUUGCAGAAGCUGGGUUGCCUGAAGGAUGCGAGAAUGUCAGUUCCAUUACUUCUCCAGAAAUGUCCUCUAAAAUUCACAGGGCCACUGAGCUGCUUCAACAACCAUUUGAAGAGCUAUUAGAGGAGGAUCGCCCUGACUGCCUUGUGGCCGAUGUGUUCUACCCUUGGGCUACCGAAGUUGCAGGGAAGAUUGGGAUUCCAAGCCUGCUUUUCUUUGGAACCAGUGCCUAUGCACUUUGUGUCACUGAUGUUGUUCACCGACGAGAAUCUUACCAGAACGUUGAAUCAGAGCCAGAAGCCCUUCUUGUGACUGAUCUUCCACACACAAUCAAGCUGACAAAACGACAGAUAUUAAAUCAGAUAGGAGUUGCAAGCCAAAACCAAGUAGCUCAGUUCAUUGAAAAAACAAGGGAAGCAGAGUUGAGAAGCUACGGAGUAAUCAUAAACAGCUUUCACGAGCUAGAACCGGCAUAUUCAGAGUACUACAGGAUGGUGAUGGGAAGAAGGGCAUGGCAUAUUGGUCCUGUCUCACUUUGCAACAGAGACAAUGAGGACAAACUUUGCAGAGGAAAUAGAUCCAGCAUUGAUGAAGACAAAUGUUUGAGUUGGCUUGCGGCAAAGAAGCCAAGCUCAGUUCUAUACGUGUGUUUUGGGAGCCUUUCCCGUUUUUCAACUGCUCAGCUGCUUGAACUGGCAAGGGGGUUAGAAGCUUCUGGGCAGCAAUUUAUUUGGGUAGUGAGGAAGGAGGGAACAAAGGAAGAAGAAAAGGAAGAGUGGCUGCCGGAGGGGUUUGAGAGCAGGUUGGAGGGCAGGGGCUUAAUAAUAAGGGGUUGGGCGCCACAAGUACUGAUAUUGGAGCAUGAAGCAGUCGGAGGGUUUAUGACUCACUGUGGAUGGAACUCAGUCCUGGAGGGGGUCACGGCUGGAGUGCCGAUGAUCACAUGGCCACUCUCUGGCGAACAAUUUUACAAUGAAAAGCUGGUGACAGAAGUUAUAAGGGUAGGAGUAAGAGUAGGGGAUCCGGAAUGGUGCACAUGGCCAGAUGACAGUAAGGUAGAUGUAAAGAAGGAAGACAUAGAAAGGGCAGUGGAACAAAUAUUACUGGCAGGGAAAGAAGCUGAGGAGAUGAGAAGCCGAGCAAAGGCAUUAGGAGAAGCGGCAAAGAAGGCUGUUGAAAAGGGUGGAUCAUCUUACUCUAACUUGAAGGCUUUACUAGAAGAAUUGAAGUUGAAUUGGCACUGAGACAGUGAGUAGAUAUUGUCAUUCCUGAAGAUUGUUGUUAUCUGUUGCAUUCUUGAAUGAACUAAACUCUUUUAAGUUUUUCAGAAAAUUUUCCCUACUUUUCUAAAACAUUAAAUAUUUUUUUGUUCAA